UCUGGAGUUUCAGUCCGAUCUUCUUCUUCCCGAUCCUCUUCUUCAUUUCAAUUUCCCGAAGGAGGUGUUCGUUCAAGCACACCCCCUUGGGGAUUUUUCUCUUCCUUUUCCUCUCUAAUGGCAUCCGACAGCUUCUCCGAUAAGAACCUUGUCUUCAGAAAACUCAAAGCCAAGUCCGAUAACAAGAUGUGCUUUGAUUGCAAUGCUAAAAAUCCAACUUGGGCUUCUGUUACCUAUGGGAUCUUCCUCUGUAUUGAUUGUUCCGCUGUGCAUCGCAGCCUUGGCGUCCAUGUUAGUUUCGUCAGGUCCACGAAUUUAGAUUCUUGGAGUGUGGAGCAGCUUAAAACAAUGAGCUUUGGAGGGAAUAACCGAGCACAGGUUUUCUUUAAGCAGCAUGGAUGGACCGAUGGAGGCAAAAUUGAGGCCAAAUAUACGUCAAGAGCUGCUGAAUUGUAUAGACAACUACUUUCGAAAGAAGUGGCGAAAAGUAUGGCAGAAGAGCCGGCAUUGCCAUCUUCCCCAGUUGCUUCUCUAUCAGGCCAAGUAACAAAUGGCCCUCCUGUCAAGACUAAUGAAACUGUGAAAGAGAAUGUCUCAGGAAAGCAAGAAGCUCCAGAAGUUUCUGCUUCACCAAAAGCUUCUCAGACGGUAUUUUCUAGUACUGUCAAGAAGCCCAUUGGUGGGAAGAAGCCAGGGAAGACUGGGGGACUUGGUGCCCGAAAGCUUACUACAAAGCCAAGUGAAAAUCUAUAUGAUCAGAAACCUGAAGAACCAACAGUUCCAAUUUCAUCUUCAACGGCGCCCAAAACUGCUGCAACUGGUUCAUCUUUUGCAUCUCGCUUUGAAUAUGUAGAAAAUGUUCAAUCAUCUGAUGUGAAUGCUAGUGGCUCUCAUGUAGUUAGCCAUGUAGCUCCCCCAAAGGCAACAGGCUUCUUUGCUGAAUUUGGAAUGGAUGGUGGUUUUCCAAAGAAAGGCAGUUCCAGUUCCUCGAAAGUGCAGAUUGAAGAAAGUGAUGAAGCAAGGAAGAAAUUCUCCAAUGCUAAAUCUAUUUCAUCAGCCCAAUAUUUUGGUGAUCAGAACAGAGCUGAUGCUGAAGCUCAGGUCUCCCUGCAAAAGUUCUCGGGCUCAGCUUCCAUCUCUAGCGCCGAUCUAUUCGGUAACCAGCGAGAUAAUCCUUCCGUCGAUCUUACUGCAACCGAGUUUAUUAACCGGAUUUCUAUUCAGGCACAGCAGGAUCUUUCUUCUCUCAAGAACAUUGCAGGAGAAACAGGGAAGAAGCUAAGCUCUUUGGCAUCCACAUUAAUUACAGAUCUUCAGGACAGAAUCAUUUGAUUAUUUUCAAGUGUUUCCCCAUUGUAGAAUUUGGCUUCAACUCGAUACGGUUUUUAUUACCAGCUGAUUUUAUUACUGAGGAAUGUAAAGAAAUUCAGUUAUACAGAUUCUUUCAAAAAGCAACCUUUUACACAGGACUUGAAUUGGCUGGUUCUUUUGUUUUGUUUUUCUAGCAGCUGCAGUGAACAUGUGCUUUAGUUCUUUUUUGUAGCAAA